ACAGGUCAGUGUGAAGGCAGUAAUGAGACUCCAAGGACACUCGAUGAGAGCUGAGUCCUCAUCAGUCCUCCUGGCUCAGUUAGAGGCACACUCUGCUACAUCACUGGUCCCUGGUUAUUAUGAGGACAGCAUCAUUGUUUCCCAGUGUUCACUGUAACCAUGAUGCAACUCAGAAAAGAUACCAAUCUCCAGAUAAAAGGAUUUGCUCCAGCCAUCCUAGCAUACAUUCUCUGCAGUGUCUCCAUUGGGUCUUCCUCAGUGAUGAGUAUGGUACUUUCAAGAAUCCAUGAACUCCAAGCCCAGCAUUGCUUUAGUGGGAAUAUGGAGAAUCUGCAUCUACCACUAUAACAGCUUUUUCAGCUAUAUCCAAGUGUCCAGUGUUCACUGUCAUCAUGAUAUUGUUCAACAAAGGUUCCAGUCGCCAGGUAGGAGGUUUUGCUAUGUCCACCAUAGGAUGGAUUAUUUGCAUCACCUCCAUGGGCCUCCCACAGUGGCGAGUGUGGUAUGCAAAGGAACCUCUGAUCUCUUAUCCUAGUAUGGCCUUUGUUGGAGUGUGGAAAACCUGCAUCUACCACUAUGACAACGUCAGCAAUAUUAGAAUGUGUUACCAUUACAGCUACCAUGACACCUUCAUUCCUUUGGAUAUUCGUGUUUCUCAGCACCUGAUGUUGACUACCAGCCUUUUCUUGCUGGUUGCAAAAGCAGCUGCUGUUUAUGCUCUUAGAAAUGUGUACACGGGAAAACAAGAGAAGACUGUCACCUACAAUGCCUUUGGCCUUUCAGCAGUUCUGAACAUCAUUGGCAGUAGCUUUGUCUUCCUUGCUGUCUUGUGCAAUUAUUUCUCCAUCAUAAACAAGGAGGGGAUUGCUUUUCCACCAUCUUUCCACAUGCCCUUUUACCCACAUACUCAGCAGGUUGGCAUUGCUAUGAUACUGGCAUUUCUAGCAGCCAUCCUGUUCUUGUGUAGUGGUGUGAUUUUCAUCUCUUACUCCUUUCCCUUAAACAUACAAGUCCUUCCUAAAAUCUGAAAGUGAAUGUGCACCACCUUGAAAAAAAUCAAAAACUUCAUGUUGGUUCAGCAAGGAUUUUUGAGAUGUCUAUCUGAAAACCAAGGACUCAACAAUGCCCAAAUGGCCUGUGACAGAAAAUGGCCAAAUGCCUCUUUAUUAUCUUUUCUGUCUCAUUUGUUUUAUUACUUCAAUGGUCAGAUUAUGGACUUACAUUAAAAUAAACUUACCCACUUGUCAAUUGAUCUUA